AAGAGAGAGAAAGGGAUGGUGGUGGUGGGCAUCGUGUUCUUUGGAUUUUUUUGAGGAAACAGAACCAGAGACCCACUUCAAAGUUGAGCGGAAGGAGUGCGUAGGAUAAGCAGAGAAGAGAGAAAAGCUUGAGCCUUUUAAGCUCUAUCUCUUUCUUCCCCUCUCUCUCUCCCCCUGUGUGCACAUAGUAAAACUUGGCUACGCUUAGCAUACGAUAAAUAAGAGCUUCUUCAGACAUUCUUGGUUCUUUGGUGGGUUUUAGUAAAGAUGGGUAGUGGUCGUGCGGAUUUUAGCGGCUACAGAGGAUUGACGAUGGUUGUUUGCUUAUUGGGUGUGUUGUCAUUAACUUGCGCCGCUAGAUUAAGUGUGGAAAGGCAGAAGCUUGAGGUACAGAAACACUUGAAUCGCUUGAACAAGCCAGCUGUUAAGAGCAUUGAGAGCCCAGAUGGGGAUAUCAUAGACUGUGUUCACAUGACUCAUCAGCCAGCUUUUGAUCAUCCAUUUCUCAAAGACCAUAAAAUUCAGAUGCGGCCUAGUUACCACCCAGAGGGGUUAUUUGAUGAGAACAAGGUGGCUACAGAAUCAAAAGCAAGAACAAAUCCAAUCACUCAGUUGUGGCAUGUGAACGGCAAAUGCCCUGAGGGUACCAUACCCGUUAGAAGAACAAAGCAAGAUGAUGUUUUGAGAGCAAGCUCAGUGAAAAGGUAUGGCAAGAAGAAACACAGAAGCAUCCCCAAGCCAAGGUCUGCAGAUCCUGAUCUCAUCAAUGAAAGUGGCCACCAACAUGCAAUAGCAUAUGUAGAAGGGGACAAGUAUUAUGGAGCAAAGGCAACCAUUAAUGUGUGGGAACCCAAAAUACAACAGCCUAAUGAAUUCAGCUUAUCUCAGCUAUGGAUAUUGGGUGGUUCCUUUGGUGAAGAUCUCAACAGUAUUGAAGCUGGCUGGCAGGUUAGUCCAGAUUUAUAUGGUGACAACAACACAAGGCUUUUCACUUACUGGACCAGUGAUGCAUAUCAAGCCACAGGAUGCUACAAUCUCCUUUGUUCAGGCUUUAUUCAGAUCAACAGCGAGAUAGCAAUGGGUGCAAGCAUCUCUCCUGUUUCUGGCUUCCGCAAUUCCCAAUAUGAUAUAAGCAUUCUUAUCUGGAAGGAUCCUAAAGAGGGACACUGGUGGAUGCAAUUUGGCAAUGACUAUGUGUUGGGUUAUUGGCCUUCAUUCCUAUUCUCAUACCUAGCAGACAGUGCUUCCAUGAUUGAGUGGGGAGGUGAGGUGGUAAACUCAGAGCCAAAUGGACAACAUACUUCAACUCAGAUGGGCAGUGGCCAUUUUCCUGAAGAAGGUUUUGGUAAAGCAAGUUAUUUCAGGAAUAUUCAAGUUGUUGAUGAUUCCAAUAACCUCAAAGCACCUAAAGGGAUUGGCACCUUCACUGAGCAAUCUAAUUGCUAUGAUGUUCAAACUGGCAGCAAUGGGGAUUGGGGCCAUUACUUUUAUUAUGGGGGCCCUGGUAAAAACUCUAAUUGUCCAUGAAGAGGAAAAUUACAUUUCAGCUCAUAUAUAUUAAUUCUCUCUCUCCCCUCUGUAUCAUUCAACCUGGUAAUGCCUCCCCUCUUUUUACUGUUAGGUUGGGUUAGUGAUGUGACCUCUUCUAGUGGCAAGUUUUGACUCUUUUUCUUUUCUUUUUGCUAAAAUAUUCUCCAUGGCCAGAGUUUCUCAAAGCUAAAAGAAACAGGCCUUUGUUACUCUCUUUGUAUUCUAUUUGUUUGUCGAUCUCCUUUCUUGGAGUAGCUUGUGAAUGAAUGAAAUUUCGUUCCCAUC